UUUCUUGCAUUUCCUUUUCCUUGGGAUGGUUUUCGUUGCUGCCUCCUGUAUAAUGUUACGAGCCUCCAUCCAUAGUUCUUCAGGCACUCUGUCCACCAAAUCUAAAUCCUUAAACCUGUUCCUCACUUCCACUGUGUAUUCAUAAGGGAUUUGAUUCAGAUUGUAUCUUACUGGCCCAGUGGUUUUUCCUACUUUCUUCAGUUUAAGCUGGAAUUUUGCUAUAAGAAGCUGAUGAUCUGAGUUACAGUCAGCUCCAGGUCUUGUUUUUGCUGACUGUAUAGAGCUUCUCCAUCUUUGGCUGCAGAGAAUAUAAUCAAUCUGAUUUCGAUGCUGCCCUUUUGGUGAUAUCCAUGUGUAGAGUCGUCUCUUGUGUUGUUGGAAGAGAGUGUUUGUGAUGACCAGCUUGUUCUCUUGACAGAACUCUAUUAACCUUUGCCCUGCUUCAUUUUGAACUCCAAGGCCAAACUUGCCAGUUGUUCCUUUUAUCUCUUGAUUCCCUACUUUAGCAUUCCAAUCCCCUGUAAUGAGAAGAACAUCCUUCUUUGGUGUCAUUUCUAGAAGGUGUUGUAGGUCUUCAUAGAAUUGGUCAAUUUCACUUUCUUCAGCACUGGUAGUUGGUGCAUAAACUUGGAUUACUGUGAUGUUAAAAGGUCUGCCUUGGAUUCGUAUCGAGAUCAUUCUGUCAUUUUUGAGAUUGCAUCCCAUUACAGCUUUUGCCACUCUUUUGUUGACUAUGAGGGCCACUCCAUUUCUUCUACGGGAUUCAUGCCCACAGUAGUAGAUAUGAUAGUCACCCGAACUGAAUUCGCCCAUUCCCUUCCAUUUUAGUUCACUGAUGUCGAUAUUUAUUCUUGUCAUCUCAUUUUUGACCACAUCCAGCUUACCUCCAUUCAUGGUUCUUACAUUCCAGGUUCCUAUGCAAUAUUUUUCUUUACAGCAUCGGACUUUCCUUUCGCUUCCAAGCAUAUCCGCAACUGAGCGUCCUUUCGGCUUUGGCCCAGCCGCUUCAUCAGCUCUGAAUCUACUUGUACUUGUCCUCCGUUCUUCCUCAGUAGCAUGUUGAACGCCUUCCGACCUGAGGGGCUCAUCUUCCAGCGUCAUAACUUUUAUAUGCCUGUUGUCUUUGUCCAUGGAGUUUUCUUGGCAGGGAUACUGGAGUGGCUUGCCAGUUCCUUCUCCAGGUGGAUCAUGUUUACUCAAAACUCUCCACUAUGACCUGUCCAUCUUGGGUGGCCCUGCAUGGCAUAGCUCAUAGCUUCUCUGAGUUAUUCAAGCCCCUUCGCCACGACAAGGCAUUGAUCCAUGAAGGAUCACUUUUUAUCAUAUGUGGUGGGAAUGUAAAAAAGUAAAAAGCUUCUGAGAAAUGAUAUAUAAUGAGUUGAAAAAGAUGUUGAAAUAUACAUUAAUAAAAAAACUCAGAAACAUUUUUACUUGGUAUUGUUGGUGAGGAUAUUAAUAGACAAGAUAAGAAAUUGUUUUUAUACAGUAUGUGACAACGGCAGCUAGAAUAUUAUUGGCACAGAAAUGGAAACAAGAAGAAUUACUGAUGAAAGAGGAAUGUCAAACAAAAUUAAUGGACUAUGCAGAAUUGGAUAAGAUGACAGGAAGAAUUCAGAACCGGCGGGAUCAGAAGUUCUUAGAAGACUGAGUAAAUAUGUGAUAUCAUCACAAUUAUACACACACAAAAAGGAAUAUGUAUAAAUCCUGGGAGUGUUUGCAUUUUGUGUUGGAGUUGGAUGAUUGCUGAGAGUUCCGACUCUGGGUGAGUGUGAGCUGAGGAUCACAGUAAUGAAAAAGAAAAAGAAAAACCCAAUCUACCCACUAUUUUAAUAUAUUCAAAGCUGGCACCCAUCUAUCUAGGUGGGUCUCAAGGGAGACAAUGGAGGAGUGAGCCUGCUGUGGCUGUAGAGACCAAUACAGGAGAGACAUGUUUUGUGUCAUCUAGUCCAACCCCUUGCAUGGAAUCAUAACCAACCGGAUGUAUGGCAGUCCUACCCAAGGGUAACAUUUGUCCUCUUUUGGGGAGGGGGGUGUCCCUCUCUGGGUGGUGAUGUGUAUUACUUCACUUAUUUUAAAAUGUGGCAAAUGUUCCUGGGCCCUCCUGCUCCUUCUGCCAAGUGGGGCCCUGGACUGAAGGUUCAUCCACCCUCCUGCUUGUUCCGUGCAUAAAAAAGGUUUUCCGUUUCUCCUGUGCUUUCUAGGCAUGGGUCAAAGCAGUUCUUUUUUUUUGCCCCACUGCUUUCCCUGGGAAAACCCACUGAAUUAGGAACAAAUAUCAACCCUCAGAAAAAAACCAAUGGAUCUUUCCCCCGAUUCAGCUGCAAACAGCAAGAAGAAGUGUAGGUGACCCCCAAGUGGGUCCGUGGGGCAGAGUCUGCCCUAAAGUACUUCCCUGAUGGCACUACGGAGAGGAGGAGGAGUCAAGGAUCCAAAGCGGAAAGUAAAUAGAAUUCUUUUUCUGCAUCCUAACAAAGCGGGUGUGGUGGAACAUUCUGACAAAGUUCAAAGCUAUUACUUAUUAACCAAUGUCAAAUUUAUGAUAGCUGAUAAAAAGACCUGUUCAGAAAAAAAUAUGAAUUUGUUUUAUACAGUUAUAAAUACAUGCCAAAUGCCUGUUUUUUUUCUUUUCAUUAUUGAAAAAGAGCAGUUUAUGUUUGGAGUAAGAUGAGGUGGUGAGCAAAUGGUUGUUCUGUUAGGAGGAGAGAAGAUGGAGAGUGAGAGGAAAGCUGAGCACACCCAGCAGAAGAAAAGUACAGUUGCUGGUUAUCACACCCUUUGCCUCUCCAUAAAAAUGGGCAAGGAGACAGGAGCAGGAACAGCUGGGAAUAAGGAAAGGUAACCCCAGAAGAACGUCUCCUUGAUCGACCACACCAUCUCCCUGCCCACAAGAGAAGCUAGUCUGGGGGUGAGUAUCUGACAACCAAACCCCAUUGUACUGGUAUGGUCCCAGGCUGUCCUUUGCUCCAGCAGGUCUAUUUUCAUUCAGUUCCCAAUGUGUAUAGAGGAGCUUUUUAACUGUUCCUCUUCCUUGCCUUCCCCCACUAUUCAGCUAAAAGUCAAGCACCUGUGGAAAUGCUGUUAGCUCUGGGAGAGGAUCUCCCAUGGAUGUCAAUGGAGGUCUUGACUUGGCACCCAAAGGAGGACUUGGAGCCCAGCAAUGGCUUAUGUCCUUGUCUGUCACCUCAGUGCCCUUCCUGGGCCACUUUUCAUGCAGUGUCAGGAAAGUGGACCUGCAGAUGAAUGUGAGAUUGUGUCCCACUGAAUGAUUAUUUAAUGGAGCUCCAUUAUUCUUCCUCCUGGACAGGGAAUACAUGAAGCAGGCAAACGUUUCUGAAAAGGUGACCUGUUUUCCUUUAAAUUGGCAAUUUUAAGGAUGAAGAUUUGUGGCGAUAAGUUAAAUUAUUCAGCGGAGCUCUUUUUUAUAUGACAGACUGCCUUGUUUUAAUAGCUAUUUGAACAGUUCAAUAUAUUUCAGCAUUUAUUUAUGUAUUUUGCUUUGUAACGGCUUUGGCUACAGAUUUUUUAUUUAUUUCAUAAAAUACUGCCUAAUUGUGGAAGAACCCAAAGCAGUUUACAAAAAAGAUAAAAACAAUUCAAUUAUCUCUAAAAAAAUUAUAAUUAUAAUUUAAAACAUACAAACCAUUUAAACCACAGUAGAAUAGACUAAAACAAAUGAAAACUCAUUGAAACUUUCUAAUCAUCUGGGUUGUCUUGUCUAAAUAAGAAUGUUGUUAGCAGGUGCUGAAAUGAAGAUGUUGAAGGUGCCUGCUUGAUAGCAAUAGGAAGAGAGAUCCAAAGUGUUGCUGCCACCAUGCUCAAUGUUUGAGUUCUGACAGAUGCAGUGCAAGUAUUAUGUGGCACCUGUUAAAGUGCCUAUUCCUCUGACUGAAGCAGUCAAGUGGGUACAUAUGGGGUAAAGUGAUCUUGUAGGUAAAUGACAAAUGAGUGUGCAAACUGAUUUUUCAUUUGGGUUUUAUAGUUGAGUUUCAGAGUGGGACUGUUAUACGAAAAAUUGGGGUUGACGAAAAAUUGGGGUUGUCACUCGCUCAGGUGGCCUCAGUGACCCAAAGUGCCUUCCAUCUGUUUCGGCUAGGGGUCCAGCUGCACCGCUACCUGGACAGGGAUAGCCUAAUUAUUUUUGCCUGUGCUCUGGUAACCUCAAGGUUAGAUUACUGCAAUGCGUUAUACUCAGUGCUGCCUCAGAAGACGGUUCGGAAACUUCGGUUAAUGCAGAAUUUGGUGGCCAGGUUGCUCAUUGGAGCAAGACGCUUUGAGCAUAUUACACCGAUCCUGGUCCAACUGCACUGGCUACCAACUAGUUUCUGGGCCCAGUUCAAAGUGGUGGUUUCACCUAUAAAGCCUUAAACAGCACAGGACCGCAAUACCUCAAGGACCACCUCUUUCUGAGGCUCUUCUUCAUGGGUCUCCUCCUCAAAAGGUCAGAAGGGUGGCAACAUGAGAACGGGCCUUUUCUGCAGUGGCCCCCUGUCUGUGGAAUGCUCUCCCCAGGGAAGUUCACCUGGUGCCUUCGUUUUACACCUUUAGGCUACAGGCAAAAAUGUUCCUUUUUAACCAGGUCUUUGUUUGAUUUAAAGAUGUAUGGAGGGGGAUGUUAUUGGGUUGUUGUUUUUGUUUCUGUGUUUAAAGCACUCUUUACAUAAGAACAUAAAAGAGCCCUGCUGGAUCAGAGAGGCCUGCCAAAUCUAGGCUCCUAUUCUCACAAGAUGCCACACUAUAAAUGAUUCAGUUCUUGCAGAUGCAGUGCAGGCAUUAUAUGGUACCUGUAAAAGGGCCAAUUCCAUGGAUCAAACUGGUCAAGUGGGCCCAUAUGGGGUAAGGUGACCUUGUUGGUAAAUAAUGAAGGAGCGUGAAAAAUGCUUUUUGGUUUUGGUUUUAUAGAUGAGUUUCAGGCAGUGGGACCAAUCGUGGAGGUGCCAUUGCAUAAAAAUGUAAAAUGCUGAAUUGGUUUCAUAGGAAGAAUGUGAAAACGCUUAACCCUGAAUAGUUUUUACCUUACAGGCUUUUUUCUUCUUCCCCAGUUGCCAUUCUACAGCCAUUCUACAGCCACCUCUCAUCUCAACUAAGCCACACACUCUUGAUCUGUCAUGGCCUCAGCCCCACCAUCCAUAGAUGUGGACCAGGAAGUCUUGUGCCCCAUCUGCAAAGACUACCUGACAGAACCAGUGACACUGGACUGCGGCCACAACUUCUGCCAGGGCUGCGUCACCAAGUAUUGUGACACAUGGGAACCAAUGCAGGUGGGGGACUUGGAGUGUCCCGUCUGCAGAGUUCGGAUCCAGAAAGGGAAUUUCCGCCGCAAUUUCCAGCUGGCAAACAUAGUUGAAAAAAUUAAACUCCUGGCACUAAAUGAAAGGUUGGAGGAUCUUUGUAAGACACACAAGGAAAAACUCCACCUCUUCUGCAAAAAAGAUGGAGAAUUGGUGUGUUGGUGUUGUAAGCAAUCCCGAGAACAUAAAUGGCACCCUGUGGUUCUCAAGGAAGAGGCUGCCCAGGAAUACAAGACACUCAUCUAUGGUCACCUGGAGCAUCUGAGGAAAGAGAGAGGGAAAAUUCAGGCUUAUAAAGCAACCAUAGGAAAGGAAAGUGUCGACCUGCUUAGAUUAACAGAACCUGAGAGGCAGAAAACAGUGGAGAGGUUCAGACAACUACACCAGUUUCUGGAAGAACGAGAAAAGUUUCUGCUGAAUGAGAUAGAAGAGAUGGAGAAGGAGAUCUCAAGGAGAAGGGAUGAACACCUGGAAAGACUCUCCAAGGAACUCUCCUCUCUCGAAAGGAGCAUCCGGGAGAUGGAGGAGAAGACUCAGCAGCCAGCAAGUGAACUCCUGCAGGAUGUGAGAAGCACCUUGCAGAGGUGUCAACAAAGGGAGAGGUUUAGGAAUCCAUUGGCUUUCACACCAAAGUUGAAGAGGAGGAUCUCAAAAUUCCCCUUUGAAAAUCCCAUUCUGUAUGUUGAUCCCAUUCUGUAUGUUGAGAUGAAGGAAAUCAAAGGUAAUGAGUGGUUGGAAGAAUUUUACACUGGACAAUAUAUUAAUCUGAAAAUUCAACAUGCCAGACUUUUACUGUAUUUUAUUUACUCUUGCCACAAACAGCAAUAGGAGUAG